AUGCUUUGCUCCUCAUUCCAUAUAUCGCGACUCGCGAUUCCAACGGUCUGCGUGUUGAUCAGCUUUCUCGCAUAUACGUCGCAGUAUUUCUUCAAGCAUUUCGAGCCAGCACCGCUCAGGGAGCAUGAAGUAUGGCGCAUUAAUAUCUUCGCCCUGUGUAUCUGGAUAUGCUACUAUCGAUCCUGUACUGUAGACCCGGGACGUGUUCCUAGACACUGGAGGCCUCUAGACGGCAAGCAACUGGAGGUCGACCGUGCUAAUGGCCGACAACGAUGGUGCCGUAGAUGUGAAGCCUUCAAACCUCCACGAGCACACCAUUGCAAGACAUGCCAGAGAUGUAUCCCCAAAAUGGACCACCACUGCCCGUGGACGGCAAACUGUGUUUCGCAUUUCACAUUUCCUCACUUCGUUCGCUUCCUAUUCUACGCAGUCGUGGGUAUGAGUUAUCUCGAAACCCUCUUAUUUGAGAGAGCCUCGAUUGUGUGGGCGUCUCGGAACCUUCCCAGCUACCUGGGUCCAAGCGUAGUGCAGCUAGGCCAUUUGUUUAUUCUCUUUGUCGUAAACAGCCUGACUGUUUUUAUGCUAUUUAUACUUCUUGUGCGGACCCUCUGGUCGCUUGGUGCGAAUACCACCACGAUCGAGACAUGGGAGAUUGAGAGACACGAAACACUGUUGCGACGUGCCCGCCAUUAUGGUGGGUAUUUAGACGGCCCUGGUGGGGUUCGUGUGCGCAUCAAGAAGCAAGAAUUUCCUUACGACAUUGGAAUAUGGUCGAAUAUUCGAGAAGGAAUGGGCGGGAGUUCAAAUGUCUUGAGCUGGUUCUGGCCACUUGCGAGAACGCCAGACCGUAGCACAGGGCUAGAGUAUGAGGUCAAUGGGUUUGAAGAUCCCCAUGUCUCCUGGCCGCCACCGGAUCCAGAUCGAAUUCCUCUGCCACCCAAAGACGUCAGUGAUAGUAUUGCCUUCACUGGCGCUGAAACCUCCAGCUUCGAUGUUCAGGCUUUUAAUCAAAGAAAGGCAGAGGACCUUAGACGUCAACGAGCCGGCCUAGAAGUCGAGCGCCGUAAACGCUUUCAUAAACGGCUGGCGGAAGAGUCAGAGGAUGAAUCAGAACAAUCCGAUGGUCCCGAUGAAAAAGGGUCCGACUAUGGGGAAGAAGGUUGGAGAAACUCAGAAGGUGAACGGCUACGUGAUUUCGGCGUCGACGAAGAUAUUGAAUUCUAUGACGAAGAAGACCUCCCUCUGGGUGUAUUAAUCCAAAGAAGAGCCCAGGCUGCGCUCAAGGAGCUGAAAUGA